GCUGCGGCGGGAAACAUGGCGGCGGGUCGGCCGUUCCGCGCCUGCGCCUGCUUCUUCUCCGCCAACAUCUUCGUCGAGCUCUGCGGGAUGCACGUCUGCUACCGCGACGAGCGGCAGCUCCGGCGGGACUACGGGCGGGUAGCGGCGGGGCGGGCCGGGGUGGGGUGUUGGGGUCGGCGUUGGGCUCGGCUGCUGACGGCCGUGUCGUUGCAGGCGCUGAGGGAGCGGGGCUGCGGCAGCGAGGAGCAGAUGGCGGCCGUGCUGCGGGAGAUUGAAGCAGAAGUAGAGAGAAGAAAACACCUGGUUCAUCAGUCAGCAGAGCGCAAAGCCAUCAUCUCCCAGUGUUACAAGCGAAAGCACUCAGAAGUGUACACUCUUCAGGAUUCAUUUCUGGCCCCAGGUUUUCUAGAAAUCGUUAGAUACUGCACAUCACCGGAUGCUAAUCUCCAUGGCCUCCUGCGCUACACCGAGUCCUUCUCAGAUAAGCGGAUCUUUCGACUCCCAGUGUUCACAGAGGAGUUCGUCCAAGCCUUUAUUGAGGAGCUGGAGAACUUUGAGCAGUCGGACAUGCCUAAAGGCCGACCCAACAGCAUGAAUAACUAUGGGGUUUUACUCAACGAGUUAGGGAUGGAUGAAAGUUUCAUCACACCCCUGCGUGAAAAAUAUCUGCGUCCCAUCACAGCCCUGCUUUAUCCUGACGUGGGAGGUGCCUGUCUGGACAGCCAUAAGGCAUUUGUUGUCAAGUACUCGCUGCACGAAGAUCUGGAUCUGAGCUCUCAUUAUGACAAUGCAGAAGUCACCCUAAACGUUUCACUGGGAAAAGACUUCACGGAAGGCAAUUUAUACUUCGGGGAAUUCAGACAGGAUCCUUCCCCUGUGCCAAACUACAUAGAGGUGGAACACGUGGCAACCCAGGGGCUGUUGCACCGAGGAGGGCAGAUCCACGGGGCGCUUCCCAUCGCCUCGGGGGAACGCUGGAACCUCAUCAUCUGGAUGAGGUCAUCAGCCAUCCGCAACCAGCUGUGUCCCAUGUGCAACCAGAAACCCCAGCUGGUGGAGGCAGAGGGGUUUGGAGAUGGGUUCACAGAAACCUGUGAAGAAGACGUGCCUGAGACUGUGGAUCUCUGCUCGGUGUGGUAGCAGGUGGGGCAUUCCUUCUGCAGAACAGAUUCAGCUGCUUUCUGCCUUCUCGGACCGUGCUGACAGCCUCGGGUGGACGUUGAGUCAUCUAAGAGGGAGCUGUCACCGUGCAAGGUGACACCAAACCGGUCCUGCUGGGAAGCCAGCUGCUCCCACUGCUGCUGCCGGGGCUGGCGAGGGCACACAGCCACACCGGAAUGCCGGAGGAACAACGGAGACGCGCAAAGCCCCAGCACUGACUCACUGCAAAGACUGCCAAUACGUUCCGGUGUGCAGGACGAGACCCGGCGCUGCUUUUCCUUUGCGGAGACCUCCGUGCCGACGGGCGGUGUGCUCCGUCUGUACGUGGAAAAGAGCAGCGCAAUAAAUCCCCACGUGCACUAC